GUCGGUAAAGGCACGUACCUUCCGUUCAUUUCCGGCAAACAUGUCCAUGUUUUCUUGCGGCUAAACGACAACACAAAGCAACAAACGGACGCUUUUUUCCAUUUUUGCUUCCUCGGUACACAUUUGCCCUCGAAAUGAGCAACUCUAUUGUCUUUGCUUCGCAACUUGAGGCGGUCAUGGAAACAGAGGAGCAGGCGAGGAACCGCUUCCAGUCAGAGUUGGAGUUCAUCCAAUGUUUGGCCAACCCGAACUAUCUCAAUUUCCUGGCUCAGAGGGGCUUUCUGAGGGAGAGACCUUUCAUCAACUACCUCAAAUAUUUGUUGUACUGGAAGGAACCUGACUAUGCAAAGUUUCUCAAGUACCCGCACUGCCUGCACAUGCUGGAGCUGCUGCAGUACGAGCACUUCCGCAAGGAGCUGGUGAACGCGCAGUGCGCCAAGUUCAUCGACGAGCAGCAGCUGCUGCACUGGCAGCACUACUCGAGGAAGCGCACGCGGCUGCAGCAGGCGCUCGCCGAGCAGCAGCCGCCGCAGCAGCAGGCGCCGCCGACGCACGCCAACGCCGCCGCCAAGUGACCGACGCCUGUUUUAUUGUUUUUGCCAUAAAAAGUCUGAAAAUGCUGGGAAAAAAAAAGAAUAAAUUGGUAUUUAUUUUG